CGCGCACGCGGUUGUUGCUUUCAUCCGCAUGGACGAGAGUGUAUCCGGAGUUUACCAUUGACAUGUAUAUAUAUAUAAGGAGUUUACUAGUUUGUUCAGUUUCGGUUUGUUAAUACAUCCGUGAUGCCAAUCAAUCGAGGUCAGAUCAGCCAAUAGCUAAAUUGAAUUGCAAUAGCCGGGAUUCAACCACUAGGUCACGCGAUAUACGUCUACUUCUAAUGUAGAAUUAAAAUACUUUGCACUAAAAUGUCAAGAUUUGGACCUGAAUCCAUCAACAACACUAGUAAAUAUCCACAUUGGUGUUGGAUUUUAGUUACUCUCUGAAAUGAAAAAAACAACAUCCCUUUAGAUUAUGUCAGAUCGGUAGCCAAUGAGAACGUCAAACGCAAUAAAAGCAGGAUUGUAAACCAAUGAAAAUCGAGAGUGGGCGGGUGCUUUGUUGUUGUGGUUGACAGUUCACUUCCUGCUUUACCUUAUAGCGUAAACUGCGGCAGUAAAAGGAGAGAAGAAACCGAAGACCUGGCAGCAAAUUAGGUGUCCUGUUGGAUGAGACCUCCAACACACCCAGACAAAGUGGAGUUUAUAGAUUUCUCUGCCAUCAAAAGAAGAGAAUGCAGCAGUAAACCAUAGAAUUUCCACCCUGGACUGAAUCCUCUCUCCAAGAGGCGGAACAAACAUGGUGCAUGUCUACAACUGCCAUCCUUUCGCCUCACAGCAGAUAGUACAGGUGGAGCAGGAGCCUGGACUGGUCUGCUGUGGAGGUGGAGUCUUGUUCGUGGUGGCUGCUGGUGGAUGCAAGGUGGAGGCCUACAGUGUGGAGCAGGAGGGGUGCCCUUUCAUCUGUCGCUUUGCCACCAUGGGCACUGUGAAGAGCAUCCAGCACAGCAAGAUUGGAGAUUACCUGGUGACCAUAGAGGAAAAGAACAGCGCCACCUACCUGAGAGCAUACACCAACUGGCGCUACCAGGCGGAGGGGAAGGCUCGUGUCGGGGUGCGUUUGUUGGGCCACUUGCUGCGUGGAGCGUCUGUGCAGGGCGGAGUGCAGAUGGAGAUCAUUGAGAUCCCUCUGUCCGAGCGUCCUGUUGCUAUGGCGUGUUGCUCAGUAACGGGAGACCUUCUGGUCGGAUGCGAGAACACUCUGGUUCUGUUUGCUUUGAAGGGACAGAACCAGCAGAACCCGAAUCAGAGUCAGCAGAUCCCUCAGAGCACCUGGCCGAAAUCUCAGCAGAGCUCCAGUCAGAGUCAAGGUCAGACCUUAAGUUCAAACCAAAAUUGCCUGGAUUUUGAACGCUCAGUUAUCCUGCAUCUUCAAAAAAUCAAGCCUAAAAAGGUGGCGCUGUGUGGAGGGUAUGUGGCAGUGCAUGCGGAGCUGGAGGUGCUGGUUCUUAAACUGGAUUCAUCCUGUGAACAGAAUACCUUGGACGAAUUAUCAGACACAAAGAAAACCGAUCAUCUAGAAGACCAGGCUGACUUUCUGGUCCUUCAGAGACACCAGGAGUUGCUCGGUGAUCGAGCUAAAGACUGUGACAUCCCUGUCAGCAUUGAAAAGACCGGGCUGGAGGACAGUACAGGGCAAUACACGCUGUCAUAUGUUCUCUUCAGGCGUUUUACUCCAGACUUCUUCCAGGGCUGCAAUGUGGAGGAGACGCAACUCCACUCCCUACAGCUCUACCCGCUGUUCACCAGUAACCAGUCAGUGUCUCUGGAAGAACCAACAUGUGUGUUCUGCUUCUUCUCUCUCCCCACCGCCGGCUACCUGUACAGUCUGAUGGGUGGCGUCGAGCUUCUCUCAGCCUAUCAGUAUCCAGAGAAGGUCCUGGAGGCGGUGCUAACAGACCACCUGUUGCACGUCAUAACAAAGAAUGCAUUGCAGUGUUUCACAGUGCGCUGUUCAGCAGUAGCAGCCAGGAUUAAAGACCCCUACAUCGACACCACCAUCAAGGCCUGUCCACCUUGCAGCCUGGAGGUGUGCGCGCUCAGGAUGCAGCUGUUUAUCGGUCUGCGCUCAGUGUGUGUCUACGGCCGCCAUGUUAUCCUGCUCUCCACCGCCGACGCAGAGACACCAGAAGAACCAGAACGCACCACACAUCGCAGAGGCCUAAGCAGGAAGUGGACAAUCUCUUCUCCCAAAGAAACCAGCUCAGCAGGACACGGAUGGAACCUCUAUGUGGUCGACACCGUCUCCCCCCUCACUCUUUACCAAGAGAUGGUAACACAAACAUACUCCCUUAAACUCAAUGUUGAAUACAGCCAGCGGUAUGCGGAGACCAACCCGCAGGCCCAAAGCCUUCGGCACCUCCUCAGUGAAGCUCACCUCCUCCUCCGCGCCUCCUUACUCCAAACACCAGAGCAGCAAGGAAACAUCGAGGGUAAUCCAGCGGUGUCUCUGCAGACAGAUACAGAUGGACCAGCUGAGAAACAGACAGCUGUCCAGACAGGCAUUCAGGAACUGGAGGAGGCACUGAGGCAGAACUGUGCACAGCUGGGAGACUGUUUUAGCAGAGGCAGUCAGAAGGACUGCCACCUGGCUCUGCCGUACUACCGGAUGUCUGGUCUGUCAGUCACAGACAUCAUAGCCAGGAACCACCCACUUCCCAGCAGCCCUCACUCCUACGGCCCUGGCUUCCUGUUUUACCUGAAGCAUUACCUGUUAGAAGAAACCGAGCAGAUUCUCAGUCAGGAAACAGCUGAUGAGGUCAUAGACAUUUUCAGCCAAUCAGAGCCCUCACAGCUCGUCAGUGUGUGUGCAAGCCCACCCAUGAUAAACAUCAGUCCUGCCCAGACGCUGCAAGUCUUACAACAUCUGGAGGCCACAGCUGGCGUGUCGGUUCCUCUGACAAUCACCAUGGCAACCAUGAUGCUGCGUUUGGAUGACCUGCCACAGUACAGCCAGCUGAUGGAAAGACAUGCUGAGAUGCUGCUGGUGUACGGGUUCAUCGAGGAGCCAAGGCUGUUGCUGCACGGCGGAGGUGGAGGCCAGCACACACACAUCCGUCCCACAGCGUUGACUCGCCAGUUGGCAAAGUCCCAACCAGGACUGCUAGUGGCUGCCAUGGUGGCUUUACAUGAAAACAACAAAGUCCAGCUGGAACAGGCUGGUCACAUAUUUAAGGAGCUGGGCUGUGAGAAUUGCUUACAGGUGGAUUUCUGGGAGGCGAUGCUCAUGGCCUCCUCACAGGAAGCUGUCAUCCAGGAACUUCUGUUCCGACUGGUGUCCGUCUACAUCGACCGACUGACAAACACGACGUCGGAUGCACACCCCAACGAACCACACGCACCUUCAAGACGCAGGUCGCUGAAGAGCGCAGACGAUCUGAUGAACUCAUGCUCCCAUUACGGUGCUCUGUACCCGUGGCUCACUGUUCUCAAUCCAGCUCAAAAUACCAGCUCCCAACACCAGGAGGCGCUAUACAAACUGCAGUCUCUCCUGUGUGGUCCGUCCCUGUCUGUGGGCUCCGUCGUGCCUCUGAUGGAGCGUCUGUCAGAGGAAUCCUUAUGGGGCUUCAGCCUGCACCUCCUCUGCACAACCAGAAGGGGGCAGUAUGACAGGAGCAUUGAAAAGCUGCUGGACCGAUGUCCUCAGGCCAUCAUAGCCUACGCCAACCACCAGUUACAAGACAAACAUAUGGUGUUAUGGUGGCAGAAGCUGCUCCCAGAGCUUUGUAACCGGACGAGAGCUGCCGCAGACAACAGCAUCUUAUUGUCUGCUCUCAAAGAGACUCUAGUUGUGGUUGCCAUGGAGACGAGCCCCACAGAGUUCCUGGAACUGAUGCCUGACGACGGCACGGCAUUCUACUUCCUGCCUCACCUCUUGACUUGUAGCCAGAGUCACUUGCUAGCAUGACUGUCACACACACACACACACACACACACACACACACACACACACACACACACACACUGCUGCAGGCCCUUAGCAGUGGUGUUUGAGGAUUAUUCAACCAUGGCAACACUGAAAACACAAUCUGUAAUCUCUGUGCUGUGACCAGCACUUUGUCCUCAACAGACAGUCAUGUACAGGUUUUAAUACUUGACCAACUUUUGAGUAUUAAGCAAUUAAAUUGAACAUGUAAUAAGUCACUUGGGUGAUGUAUGCUCUGUGUUUUUAGAUGACUUAGAUAUAGAGAAAUAGUAGUCAAUAUAGAAAAGAAUAUAAUUUGCAGGAUACACAGAACAGACUACAGUAUAUAGAGCAGGUCAUGCAGAACAGAUAUGAAUCAAAAAUAGUUUCCCUGCAAGUUCAUGUUUGUAUGCGGAUAUUGCUUUGUAAUUCUGACUGUGUUCUCCAUUAAUAUUGUGAUGUGUUGUCAUUUUUGUAACAUUUAAAUGUCUAGCUUCAGUGAGAAUUUAUUUUUUAUUUAUUACUGUUUGUAGUCCUGAAACUAGUCCUGUAAUUCAUCAGAUAGGCAGUAAGUUUAAAGCACUUCAGAGCUAUGGGAUCCAUUACCAGAUCAUUUAUAUUGCCACAAACGUGUCUUUUGAGAUUGUCAAUAAGCCAGAAAAAUGUCAUUGGUUUUCACUCAUGCAGCAAGUACUCACAACUUCCUGCUUCCUUUAACCUUUUAUUGAACUUUCUUCCUCCUAAGAUAAAUCGAAGAAACUGUUGAUUCCUGCUUAUGAUGCUUCAUCUGGUUAAUGUGAAACUCAUGUAAGUUAGUAAAGAAUAGUUUACUAAUUGAGUUUCUUGUGGGUUUAAGUUUGAGUGCAUGAAGUUGCUGAUAGGCAAAUAUUCCUUUUGCUGCUGCCUCAGUUGACUGACAUAUUGAUUACAGAUCGUUCAGUGUGUGGUUUUGUUAAGUCAACACAUUUUCACCACAGAAAUAAGGUGUGACUUUAAACAAACACUUUUUAGUUUGACCCAGGG